GGCUCCCGACCGCCUGCUUGAGGUAACUGAACAGAAGCUGGGAGCCAAGUUUGGACCAUUUCAGCAGAGAGGUACCAAGGUUGCAGCCUGGCGGCUGAAGAUUCUUCGAAUGCAAUGACCCAGCAGCCGCAGGAUGAAUUUGAAAGCAGUGUGGAGAGUGCGGUAGACUGGAUGAAGACCAUCCAAGAGAGAUUACGGAUCAAUGACAACACCAAGGGGCCUCGGUCUGCCUUGGAGGCCAGGCUAAGGGACACGGAGAAAAUUUGUCAGUUGGAGCCUGAAGGCCGGUUGAAAGUUGACUUAGUCCUAAUGAAGGCUGAUGCUCUCCUUCGGUGCCUCAGUGAGGAGAAAAAACACGAGAUUUUAUGCAAACUGAAAGAUGUUAAAGCCAUGUGGGAAGAAACCGCCAUAUAUAUUACUCACUGCCACAGCCGUAUUGAGUGGGUGUGGCUGCACUGGAGUGAAUACUUGAAGGCUCAAGAUGAAUUUAAUGUCUGGAUCCAUAACAUGAAGGUGACCUUGGAGCCUGACAUAGAGCUACAGCUUGGCUUAAAGGAGAAGCAGUGGCAGCUGAACCAUGCCCAAGUCCUGCUCAAUGACAUCAUCAAUCAGUCAACCCUUCUGGAAAGGCUAUUGGAGGAAGCCGCUUCUUUGUAUAACAGGAUCGGAGACCCUAGUGUAGAUGAGGAUGUACAAAAAAAGAUGAAAGCGGAAUAUGAAGAAGUCAAGAUUGAAGCACAGAGGAGAGUACAGCUGCUUGAGAAGAUAACACAAGAGCAUGAGCGAUACAAGGGCAGUGUUGACCAGUUUCAGCUAUGGCUGACCCGUGUGACGGAAAGAUUAAACAACUGCCUCAGCCAAGGAGCAAAAGUCCCAGCAGAAAACAGAAUUAAGUCCCUUCAGGACAUUGCCAAAGACGUGAAGAAUGGUGAGAAGAAACUGAGACAUCUCGAAGCUCAGUCUGUUGGCGUGAUACAAAACACCUCCCCUCUUGGAGCAGAAAAAAUGAAAGAUGAACUGGAGGAGCUGAAAAAGGCCCUAGAGAAGCUGAAAGUAGCAUGCCUGGAGGAAGAGGAGAGACUGAUGAAGACUCUUAGGUCAGAAAACGCCUAUCACUCACAAGCCAGGCUGUUAGAAGCAGAGGUCCAAGAGUUUCGCAGAAGCCUACAAAGACUGAGAAACAACUUUGAACCCAACGACCGAGUCAGAAGCGAAGAGGACUUGAUCGCCUUGUGGCGGAGAUACAUGGCAACAAGAGCAGUUCUUGCAGAGGAGGAAUCCAAGGCUGAGAGGCUGAAGGCUCAGCUGAAGGAGCUGUUCAGGUUUUCACAGGACAUGCAGCCGCUGUCGGAGAGUGUGAUCUGCGCGAUCCAGGAAUAUCAGAGCCUGAAGGGAAAGACAUUUAAAAUGAGCACAGAGACGGAGACAGAGCUGAGGCAGCGCUUUCAGAACCCUCUCAGGGAGUUCCAGCUGUGGAAGCCGUCGGCUCAGAGGCUCCUGGACACCACAGCAAAUGUUUCCGACCCGACCCUGACAGAUGCGUUCUUGCUUCAGAUCGAGGAGUUUUUAACUGAAAGCUCCCGCUUUAAGGAACAGCUCUUGAUGUUGCAGCUGAAAAAGGAUUUCCUGAAUAGCAUCUUCGAGGAGGAGAGGGCAAAAUCUCUGUUGGCUGAGGCAGCUGAUGCCACCAAAGAAAGGGAGCACAUCCACAAAGGGCUGCUUCAAAGGAAAAGUCGGUUACAGGCAUUGGUAUCUCAACAUCUGGACUUCGAUGUCAUCUUCCAAGCCUUGCAAAAGAAACUGUCCAGUAUCAAAGACAGCCUAGAUGCUGAGAAGGAACCGUUGCCUGAUUUGUUGGGUAAAGAAGCCCGGCUGCAGAGACUACAGGCCAUCCAAGAAGAAUUGGCAGAGUGUGCCAUUCAAAUGGAAGAACUGGAAAAGCGUGCCCAGUCAGACCCAACUCAGAUGCAUAAAAUAAAGCAGCUUUCCUCAGACUACCAAGCCCUGAAGAAGUCUCUGGAGGUCAUGAUCGCCCAGAGUAAGCUGCAUGUGCAGGAACACUGGACAUUCAAUGACAGAUUGCUGGAGCUCCAACAGUGGCUUACAGUGACUAGGCAGAAACUGGAAUCCUAUUGGGACGUCAGCGGGGGAUGGAAGACAAACAACAGAGCUUCUGAUCUGGAGAAACUGCAAACAGAGUUUCCAGAUAAAGAGAUCCAGUUGCACCUCGUUGAGGCCCAUGGGCAGUUGGUGGAGGAAAAUUCCUCGCCGGAGGGGGCAGCACACAUCCAGACCGAACUGAAAAAGCUGAAGGGAUCUUGGAAGACUCUUGAAGACUUGAUGUCAAGUCUCCUAAAAAAAAUGCCCCCAAACUGGGUGAUGAUAGAUACAGGGAAGAAGAUGACCCUUUCAGGCCAGACAUCAGCAGGAGGGUUUGCUUUUCACACGGUGGAGGAGACCAAGCAUUAUCAGAAAAAUCUAGCCAAAGGGGAAGAUGCCGAUGAUUUCCAGCUCAUGAAGGACUUUGAGCAAUGGUUGCAAGGAGAAAAUGCCACGCUGUCCAAAAUUCUGGCCACAAAACCAUCCAGUAAUGAAGAAUUUAAAACAAGGCACAGCAAGCUAAAGGAACUCCAGUGCCGUGUUCCUGAAGGGCAGCAUCGCUUCGAAGGCCUCUUGAGCCUUCCACCAGCGGUCCAGAAUUCCGAGGAACUGGAGGAACUGCGUUACCAAUGGAUGCUUUACAAAUCUAAACUGAACAACUCCAGCACUUCAUUGAUUACAAGUUUUGGAGAAGAGCCAAACUCAUUCAGAAAGGGGCGAGGAGGCAGCGUCUGUUCCUUCCUACGUCGGGUGUGCUGGGCAGCGCUACCCCUCCAGCUGCUCCUCUUGCUGCUGCUUCUCUUGGCCUUUCUGCUUCCUCUCGUGGAGGAGACCCACAGCUGCAAGCUCGCCAACAAUUUUGCACGUUCCUUCAACCUCAUGCUAAGAUACAAGGGUCCACCGCCGACUUGAAUCCUCUACACUCACAGAUGCAGCUGAGGUGACAGAUUGUUAUCUAAGCUCCUUUCCUCCAAGGUAUCUUAUCUACUGCACAUCCCCCCUCCCCCGGCCUGGAUCUAAGACAGCUAAUAAGGGACCCGAGUAAACUGGAAACUUGGUCACGUGACCGACAUUGUCCAUAUACGCUCAGUCUAUAGAAAUGAAGUAUUCGUCUUCAAAGCAAAAAUUAUAUUUUUAAAUACAUGAUUAUAUUUAUACUGUAUAUAAGUUGAAUUUUUAUAUGUGUAUAUAUUUCUCUGAAAAACAAAGCCUGAAAUCGA